AUGGCAGGACAACGAUCAGGCACCAACGAUCCGCCCCCAGCGUUCACACCUCCCGCAUACGCAUCCGUAGUUGAUUCGGACGACGAGACUGAUACCACAUAUCCGACGCCUACACACAGUCCUGGUGGACCACAAUAUGAGGAUUUGCCUCCCUCUUAUGGUGAAGCGCAGCAGCAAGCCAGGGAUAACGUGCGCGACGGAAUUCCAGCGCUGGAUCCUAACCAGAUUGAAGCACAUCGCUUGACACUAAAUGAAGGACCUAAUGAACCCGAGAUCUGGGAGUAUCGGAUUAGAGGGGAAGAGCUGGACACGGCGAACGAGCACGAGCAGGCACCUGCAUACGAACGGCACGUUAGUGGUUCCGGUGUCAACGUGCCUGUCCAACAUGUCUCAAGCAGCGAAAACAUUCCAGUAGGAAGAGUGGGAAACCAAAGAACUGCAUCGGCGCCUAUUUCCGAUCCGACUUUAGCACUCCUUAACCAAGCGUUGCAAUUUGCAUCUCAUAAGCCGGAUUCUGAUGUGCAGCAUGCACCACGCUGGACACGUUGCAUUGCCAUUCCACAGGAGACAGUGCCCAAACAUAAGGGCAAGAUGAUUUCGAGUAGCUACGAUACCGCCAACAAGUCGGCCCAAUUUGUAAGAGCGUACGCAAAACCUCUGCACAUCCGCAGCAUUCGACCAGCAGAGUUUGUCGAGUUUUUGGAUGGUCUUAGCAUGAUGUGUGAGGCAUCUGGUGCUUCUGACGGUGACCUGCUCCCUGGAUCAUCAGGAAUGAACACGAACCAAAGUAUAGUUGAUGAUUACAUCAAAAGGGCUAACGAUACUUUCUUCGCACCUCGUGGACUGAAAGCUUCACUCCGCUCUUUUUCUACCCUCAUCACAACAUUGAGUAUCCCAGUUGAGAAAGGUCAGCGAGACGGUGCCAUUACCAGUGUUCUGGACGAAGCCAGCACGGGAAUCAAGAGAGCGUGGUCGUUGUAUCCAUGGAUUGAGGCACUGGACGUCAACGUGCCAGCUUUAAGCACUCAUACACUCAUGUUGCGUGACAUGGCUGAACGUUGGAGAGAAAGUCAGGGUCACGCACUUGAGGAACCCCUGCAUACAGUUGAAAGCUCUGCUGGAGAAUCAACUCAGACUAGUCCGCGUUCAAACAGGGGACGUAGCCGCGGUCCUCGAGGCCUUGGAGGGAGGGGUGCUCAUCGCGGGCCUUCCGAGCAUAGUUUUCACAGUCCAUCAGGU